UUCUAAUUUCUUUUUUUCCCAAAAGCACUUUUACUUUUUCUAAGAUUUGGGAAAUUUCAAUGGCUUCAAAUCUCACUUCUCGUCUAGCUUUCCGUCUCCUCCGUUCCGCCGCCACCGGCGCCGCCGCCGCCACCACCACCACUCUCUCCAAAUCUCACUCUUUAAUUUCACUCCUUCACCGCCAAUCACAGCCCUUAAAUUUUUCCCGUUUCAACCCGAACCAACCCCUUUUCACCCUUCGAUCCUUCUCCACACUCUCCCGGCCUGCUAAAUCCCACAGAUCAGCCCGGCCCGAUAUUGGUGCUCGAGCCCGACAACUCCAAACCCGGCGUCUCUGGACUUACGCGAUCACAUUCAGUUGCAUAGCUGGGUUCAUAGUAAUAGUCCUUAACCAGUUCCAAGACCAGCUUGUAUUUUACGUUACACCUACAGACGCACUAUCACAACACUCACAAAACCCUACAAAAUCAAAAUUCCGACUCGGCGGGUUAGUGUUAGAAAAUAGUGUAACACCAAUCCCUAAUUCACCUGAAAUGGAAUUUGUGAUUACUGAUUUGAUUACUGAUAUUUUGGUUAAGUAUGACGGGUCGUUGCCCGAUCUUUUUAGGGAAGGGCAUUCUGUUGUAGUUGAAGGGUUUGUAAAGCCGUUUACGGAGGAAAUGAAGAAGAAAGAGAGUGGGAUUUUGAGUGAGAAGAAGUUAGAGGUGACGAAAAAGGCGAGGAGCGGGGAUUGUUAUUUUGCAGCUACGGAAGUGUUGGCGAAACACGAUGAGAAGUAUAUGCCACCUGAAGUUGCAAAUGCACUUGAGAAGAAUAAGCAGUUGCUGCUUAGUCAGCGGAUGGAAGGAAAUGAGGAACAGGGUGAUGGUGAUGGUGUAACGCCUCCAGCUACAGCGAGGGCGUAAGGGUAAAAAUUCUAAUUGAAUUUUUUGAUGAUGGAGUUUUCUUAAAGUUACAAUUUUGAUUAUACUAUUGUUUUAGAUUUAAUUGAAGGAUGGCAGGAAAGUUAAGGAUAUGUAGGUGAUUUAUUGAGGUUAUGAUGAAUUUUGUUGUCAUAGUAUUUGAUUUCAUAUUGUACUAACCCUGUGAAAUGGGGUUUGAGUUUAGAAUUUUUAGGAUAGUGAAUAAUUGAAUGAAAUUAUUUUUAUAACAAUGGAUGUUUGUAAUUCUUAUUCUUCACUCUCAAUGUGGAGGACAUUGAUGAAAGAAAUAGAGAGGUCGGCUGGUUACGGAUUA